AUGCCAGCCUUUCAACGUCCAGAAUUACAACCUCAACUGGCUAGUGUAGCGACCAUAACCGCCUCAGUCGGCGGCCGAACGGAGAGCUUUAACAUCUACCCCGGCUCCCUUCGCUUUUCGGGCCCGUACGCUUCAUUCCUUUUCCAAUCUCCGCCUCUCCAGCCUCUGACUGAGACUGUUCUCGAAGUUGAUUUCCCGCGCGACGCAACUGCUUACCUGGAGCCCUCGGGCAUCGAAUUAUCCGAGGACAUCGUGUCAGUCAUGCACGAUGGGGACAGGGAACACCACCUUGCGACAUCAAAAGCUGCGACGGAGACGGAUGAGGACACCGGAUGUGUCCUGCAAGCGCUGCCAGAAGAGCAGUACCGCAUAUUUUCAAGCGCGUUUCCAUCCGUACGGAUCGAGUGGAAUGAUGCCAUAGUUGAGAUUGAGACGGAAGGGGAAGUUUGGUUAAGGCGGUGGACAAUUUUUCCGAAGUCGGAGAACGCGGAGCGGAGUGAGAUGAAGGGGCUUGUUUCUAGGGAAGAAACAUGA